UAUCUUCAAACCUCCUUUGUGUUCUCAAGUAUGUCUCAACCCUUUGUGUUGCAGGAUCUUAUGGUUCUCCCUGCCAGCUGCUACCUGCCAAAUCACACUUCCUAGGCCUCCCAAUCCAUGAGUGGGCACCGGAGCGUGAGGAGACGAUGUGGGGAGUCCCACCUGGAGGCCCCCACGGGCUGUGGCCACGGUCCUGCUGCUGCUGGCUGUGUGCUGAGCAAACUGGUGCAGCUGCCCACACCUCCCCUGUCCAAGCACCAGCUGAAACGGUUAGAGGAGCACAAGUACCAGAGUGCAGGACGGUCCCUGCUUGAGCCCCUCAUGCAGGGCUACUGGGAAUGGUUAGUUGGAAGAGUUCCAGCCUGGAUUGCCCCAAAUCUGAUCACCAUCAUUGGACUGUUAAUAAAUAUAUUCACAACUCUGCUAUUAGUAUAUUACUGCCCAACAGCUACAGAGCAGGCACCUCCCUGGGCAUACAUUGCUUGUGCUUGUGGCCUUUUCAUCUACCAGUCCCUGGAUGCUAUAGAUGGAAAACAAGCAAGGAGGACAAACAGCAGCACUCCCUUAGGAGAGCUCUUUGAUCAUGGCUGUGAUUCUCUGUCCACAGUCUUUGUGGUUUUGGGCACUUGUGUUGCUGUGCAGCUUGGAACCAACCCUGACUGGAUGUUCUUUUGUUGUUUUGCUGGGACAUUCAUGUUCUACUGUGCCCACUGGCAGACCUACGUCUCGGGGACGUUGCGCUUCGGCAUGUGA